AUGCAAGAAGGAGGAACUAGUCAAACAAGUGUGAUGGAAGGUAGUGACACUUUUGGGCAAGUAGGAUCCAAUAUUGGUUGGAAGCUUAAAUCAAUAAAUGAUGAAAUUGAACAAGGUAUUGAUGCAAUUUUACAAGAGGUUAACUUCACAAACAAAACAAAGUCCAGUCCACUAAAUGGUGACAAUGAGGUGGAAGAUAAUGAUGUUAUUGAGUUUACUGAGGGCAAAGAGGAUGAUAUUCUCCCAGAGAAGAUACAAAUAGGACCUGAAGGCAUUGCUAAUAUGCUAGAAGCUGGUUAUAGCAUGACAGAAAUAGAAGCUAUGCCAGGGUUACAAGUGGAAUUGGAUGAUUCCCCACCAGUUGAACCGGAUGUAAAUGAUUUCAUUGAUGGUCAUCAUUCUGAUGAUGAUGUUGGUCUGGAUGGUGGAGCUGAAGGUGCUGGAGAUGAAGCUAUUGGUGAUGGUGAUGGAGAAGUUCAUGGUGUUGGACCUGAUCAUGGUGCUGGAUAUGAAGCUGUUGGUGAUGGUGAUGAAGAAGGUCAUGGUGGUGGAGAUGUUAAUGAUGGUGAUGGACCUGAAGGUGAUGCUGAUGGACCUGAAGGUGGUGUUGAAGAAUUGGGUGAUGAUGAGGAAAAUCAGGGUGGUGAUGAAGGACAUGAGGUUGUCCCAAUGGUUAGGAGAACAAGGAAAACAUCUGAGAGGAUUACCAAGAUAAAGCUAAGGAAGGGUGUCUAUGAAAAAGAUGGUGGUGGUUCUUCUUCUGUAAAGCCAAUCAACUUGGAGUAG